CUGAUCAACAUUAGCACGCACGGAAAAUGGCUGAGUAUUUGGCGUCGAUUUUCGGCACAGAAAAAGACAAAGUAAAUUGUUCAUUUUACUUCAAAAUUGGAGCAUGUCGACACGGAGAAAGAUGUUCUCGUCUCCAUAACAAACCAACAUUCAGUCAGACUGUACUGAUCCAGAAUCUAUACCUGAACCCACAGAAUGCUGCGUUAACCGCUGACGGCUCUCACAUCCAAAUGGAUGAGUUAGCUAUACAGCAGCACUAUGAUGAGUUCUUUGAAGAAGUCUAUGUAGAAAUGGAGAAGUAUGGUGAAAUUGAAGAAAUGAAUGUCUGUGACAACCUUGGAGAUCACUUGGUGGGGAAUGUCUACGUAAAGUACCGCUAUGAAGAGGAUGCUGAGAAAAGUAUGAACGACUUGAACAAUCGUUGGUUCAAUGGUAGACCUGUCCAUUCGGAAUUAUCCCCAGUCACAGACUUUCGGGAGGCAUGCUGUCGUCAGUAUGAGAUGGGAGAAUGUACCCGAGGGGGAUUCUGCAACUUUAUGCACUUGAAGCCAAUUUCAAGGGAGCUCCGGCGUGAACUUUACGGUCGCAGCAGGAAGAAGAGGAGGUCAAGGUCCAGGUCACCACCAACACGAGGUCGCAGCAGGAGUCGGGAGAGGAAGAGGUCACGUAGUAGGGAAAGGAGAUCUUCAUCUCGUGGACGAGAUCGCCGUGGUAGAAAAGAGCGGGAUGGUCGUCAGGGACGAUACUAAACAUAACACAACCAAGGACAAAAUUUCAUAUAGACUUAAUCAUAUACCAACGUUUUUAACUUUUGUCCACUUAAUGUGAAUGGAUUUGGUGAAAUCGCAUACAGCGUUUUCAAUACAUCUGACUGCAGACAAAUCUGCAGCCGACAAUAUUGAACAUAUACCCUAGUUCCUCUUGAUUGAUGAUGGGACUUGUGUGAGGACUAUGCUACAUUGUCCGAUUCAAGAAUGAGGCACCGAUUUUAAUUUUUACGACCAUUCAGGACACUGAUAUUAAGUCCUACAGUUUCAUAUUAAUAAUUUGCUGUUGCGGUAGUAUCCCUGACAUGACAAUGGAGUAAUGUGUUUAUAAAUGACAUAUUUGACAUGUUGGAUGUUUCACAUUGACGAAGAAAGGUGUUCGCAGAUCAUUUUAUUUUUAUUUUCAAACUUCACUUUUCUACAUCAUUGUCAUCUUUUUCAAUGUUUUAUUGAAUUCCGUCAUGAAGUGAAAUAAAAUUUAUUCAGGUACAA